AUGUCAACUAGCAUCAACGAGAAUGUUGCUUUAACAUUUGCAAAAGCUCGUGAAGAUCCGUCAGAUGAAUCACUUUUAUCAGUUUUAUUUAAAAUUACAAUUGAUUCUAGAAUACGUUCACAAGAAUGCCCUUUUGCCAGCAUUGAAAAUAAAAGUAAAUUUAGAGAAGAAGAGGAAAUUUUAAUUUCAGUCGGCUCGAUUUUUCGAGUGAAAGAACCAGAAAAAUUGCCGGAUGGCAUGUGGCGUGUCCAUUUGAUAUUCACUGGAGCUGAAGAUCAACAAUUGAAAGCAGUGACAAAUCUAAUCAGAACAGAAAUUGAAUCGCCUAAUGAAAUGAUUCGUUUAGCAAAAUUGAUGAUACAAAUGGGUGAAUAUGAAAUGGCUGAACGAUUUUAUAAAAAAUUAUUAAAAUCCGAUAUGUCGUCGCAAAAACAACAUUGUUCUCUUAGUUUAAUUUAUAAUGACCUUGGGUUAAUUUACAUGAAGAAAAAUGAGAACCAGAAAGCACUUAAAAAUUUUUCUAAAUCUUUAGAAUUACUAGAAAAAUAUGUACCGAACGGUGCUGCAGCGUUUGCAACACGAUACAAUAACAUUGGUUCGGUUUAUUAUAAUUUAGGUGAGUGGCAAGAAGCACUGGACAACUACAAACAAGCACUUGACAUUAAUCUACACGCUGGUGCAAAUUCAAGAAAAGCUGCUGUUAGGUACAGAAAUAUUGGUCGUGUCUUAUAUAAAAAAGGCCAAUAUUCAAAGGCAUUAGAAAUGUAUGAGAAAACGCUUGAUAUUGAGUUAAAAAAUCUUCCACGUCACCCUUCCAUGGCAUAUACAUAUAACAACAUGGGGUUGGCAUUCGAUGGCCAAUGCAAUUAUCAGAAAUCAGAGAAUAAUUUAAAGCGAGCAAUUGAAAUAUCGAGAAACACAUUGCCAGCCAAUCACCCAUUGAUAACAAAUCGACAAGGUAAUUUAGCAAAUGUUCAACAAAAACUUAAAGGAGAAUCCAUCAAAUAA